AUGGACUAUAAGACACUUGCCCAAGAAACUGCUCAAGAAAUUUUAGGAUACAAUCAAGAUACAUCAGGCUGGAAAGUGGUUAAGACUUCAAAAAAGAUAACUGUUUCCAGCAAGGCUUCUAAAAGAUUCCAUGGAAAUCUAUAUCGUGUUGAAGGAAUAAUUCCAGAAUCAACAACUAAGCUAUCUGAGUUCCUCUACAAACCUGAAAACAGAGUUACAUGGGAUAAAUCAUUGAAAGUGUACAAUAUGGUACACAAGAUUGAUUCGGACACAUUCAUAUGUCAUACCAUUACACAAAGUUUUGCCAUGGGCUCAAUUUCCCCCCGAGACUUUAUCGACUUAGUAUACUUCAAGCACUGCGAAGGGAAUAUGGAUAUUAUCAGUUCUAACAGUGUGGAUUUUCCAGCAUACCCACCAUCGUCAAAUUACAUACGUGGUUAUAACCAUGCUUGUGGCUAUAUAUGUUCUCCUCUGAAAGAGAACCCAGCACAUUCCAAACUAGUGAUGUUUGUCCAGACAGAAAUGAAAGGAAAAUUGUCCCCAUCAAUAAUUGAAGCAACCAUGCCUUCCAACUUAAUAAGCUUCAUCCUCAAUGCAAAAGAUGGAAUAAAAGCACACAGAAUUCCAUCAGGACACGGAUCUCAUCCUAACGGCCACUCAUCUUUCCUAAAAAAGAAAUGA